ACACACACACACAUACACAAGGAGUGAGGGACACUAUACCACAUUAGCACUUCUGCCUCUCUAAGUCAGUGUCAAACACUGUAGGUGUCUGUGCGCCUCUGUAUGAGUUCUCAUAUGCCAGAUCAGCUCUGAGGGACAUUGUGAUUAAGCGGUUGAACUGAUCUCAUUGACAUUUUAGAUUAGCACUCUCUGCAGGGCUCCCCUGCCCCGUCUCUGUCACUGAUACAGGAUUAAGAUAACACUUUAAGUAAGAACAGGUGGUGGAGCCAGUGCUCAGCUCACUGUUACAUGCCUGCAAUCUGCUGCUCGACUGUACAUUAUGCGUGUGUAUGUGAGUGAGCACUGGUAGAUGUUACAGUUAAAAGCAAGAUCAGAAUGAAGUGAGGAUGAUGAUGGUGAGUGAUGACUGUCUGGUGGAGUGUAAGAUCGACGAUGACAGCGAUGGAGAUGAGGGAGGAGGAGAACAGAUGAACACUCCUCCUCCUCCUCCAGAGUUUGCAUCUAAAGCCUCCACCCCAGCACCCAAACCUCCGACCCCUCCCACAGUCCCCGCUACGCCCACACCUACCCAUCCUGUCAGCAGGGACCCUUAUGGCAUCAACAAGCACCUAAAGGUGGAGGUCAGUGACGUGCUGGCAGAACCUCCUACACCUCGUAGCAUAGACCUAGUGUGGCUUUACAGUGUCAUUGGCUUUGAGAGGGCUCGUAUCUGGACGUACCGCUGUCUUACCUUGCUGUUUGCUGUGCCCUUCGCUCUCCUCUGUGGCAUUUUCCUGGCCAUUCUCGCAAGUCUACACGUCUGGUUUGUGGUGCCUUGCAUACAGCUGAGCAACACCUUCCUUCCAUGCCUGCGCUCCUUGUGUAUGUGUGCUGUGAACUCUAUCAUCUCUCCUUUUUGUUUGUCUGUAGCACUCUGCUGCAGUCAAAUUGCCAUCUCACUGUCUAACAAGGACUGGCAUCAGGUGAGGGACAAAGAGGCCGCACCAGUGUGAGAAAUAGCAAGUGAUACUAAAUAAUUGAAUGACCAAGUGAGUGGCAGAGAGAGUGAGAGAAUUUUGUUUAAAUUUGCAUGUCUUUUUUAAAAUUUUUUAAUUGGCAGUUCUGUAACAUGGUAGUGUUACUAUUUGAUAUUUUUUUUUCUACAUGUAAAGCCAAUUCAGGAAAAUCAUUGUUAUUAUUAUUAUUAUUGCUAUUAUUAUUAUUGCUAUCAUUAUUGUCUUUCAUUGUACACUUAAGCUGCAAUUCUGUGUAUUAGGCUACCAAUAAAAUGUAAAAAAUCGUCAACAA